AUGAACAUUGACUUUGAAACGAUGGCUGUAUUGGAAGAGGAGUCUCAAAAUGAGUUGAGUGGUGCUUACGGCUCAACGGGUGGGUCGGCGCCAGAAGGGGGUGAGAGACGCGAGGGGGGCAAGCGCGGCCGUAGACCCGGCAGAAAGGCGCAGGACAAGCAAGACAUGAAGGCCAAACUUGAACGCAGUCGUCAGUCGGCCCGCGAGUGUCGCGCUCGCAAGAAGCUGAGAUACCAAUAUCUGGAGGAACUGGUUGCCGAUAGGGAGAGAUCUGUUCUUGCGCUCCGAAAGGAACUUGAAAAGUUCUACACAUGGAAUCUCGAGUUAGACCAAGGCCGAAUGCCAGAAGGCAUAGAAGCGGUCCUUCAAGAGAUAGGGGUACUUAAGCAAGAAGAAAAGCCUAGUUUUUAA